AUGCUUCCUUCAGACGUUAGCCCCGCCCUCCGCAUCGCGCAGGUGGCCGCCAGCAUCUUCUUCUGCUUCCAUGUCGCGGGUCUCGUCUUUGGAUUUGCUGCACUCAAGCCGGUGCUCAUCGCUUCGGGAGUGUACUCUGACCUGUGCGGCGACGACUCGACAUGUCCCGAGCAAGACACGAAACUAAACUUGCUAUUCUGCGCAUCGCUCCCCGUCGGCUGGUUCCUUGACACUAUUGGCCCGCAGUACUCGGCCAUUACGGGUGCAGCCGUCUUUGCUGCGGGCACACUGACUUUUGGUGUCGGCUAUGUGGGGACAUGUGGGUUUGCAAGUGACCAGAGAGACAAUGCUGACGGCAGGGAUGGACACGUACAUGCUGUAGGGGCUACUUCCUCAUGGCUCUUGGUGCACCGGCACUCUUCCUGGCCCAGUUCCAUCGUGAGUAGCCCUCCCACUGCGCACCUUAUUAACAGACAAGUCUCCAAUACCUUCCCUUCCCGUUCUGGUCUGGUGCUGGGCUCAAUCACUGGUGCGUUCGACGCCAGCUCGUUCCCACUGGUAGGCCUCAAGCAAGUGUUUUUCAAGUUUGGUACGCCAAGCAUCCACACAUUCUUCACGGCCUAUGUUGUUUUCCCCAUUCUCAUGAUCAUCCAGCAGCUCACGUUUGCCCCGAGGGAGCUGUAUGAGCGUGUGGCAGAAGGCCUCGAUGGAGGAGACAACACGCCUCCCAGCCUUGCCGAGCCCGUUUCUCCACGCACCGUCAUCCACCCGCUGCCAUCUGUGGGCGAGGACGACAACGAAGUCACCCCUACGCCGGCCUCGCGCCGCCGAGUCUCCCGCCAGCCCUCGUACCACGACGAAGGCGACAGCCACAUCCACUUCAAUUCGUCGACUUUUUCGCGCAUGUCAGCGUUUGACCGCACGCACGCGUCCCGCUCGCGCCGCAUGAGCUCGUCGUUCAGCCGCAUUGCGUACAAUGUCGCUGAUGACGAGGGCGACGAGGCGCUCGCUGUCGAGUUGGAGAAGAAGGUCCGCGAUCCCGUCGUCGGUGUCAUGUACGGCCGCCCGGCCAAAGAGCAGGUGACAAGCAGAUGGUUCUGGGUAAUGCUAUUCAGCCUUGUCGUGCACAUGACCCGCAUCAACUGGUACCUCGCAACUGUUUACACACAGCUCGUGUUCUACACCCAGGACGAGGAGCUCGCAGACAAGCUUACGGAUGCAUUCACCGUACUCCUUCCGCUCGCGGGCAUCGCCAUGAUUCCGGCUGUGGGGUGGCUACUGGACAACCGCCCAGCGAGAGACGUCGCGUUGACCAUGUGCGUGCUUGGAUUCGGGUUUGGCGUGUGCACACUUCUUCCUGCCACACCUGCCCAGCUCGUCGGCAUCGCGUGUCUCGUGUGCUUCCGGCCGCUGUUCUACACUGCCAUCAGCGACUAUGCGGCCAAGGCGUUUGGCUUUGAGACGUUUGGCACGGUGUACGGCCUGGCCAUGACCGUUUCGGGCGGCAUCGGUGUCGUGCUCAACCCGCUCGACCGCCUGGUCAAGGGCAAGCUCGACGGCGACUAUACUCCCAUCAACGUGGUGCUUCUUGUGCUGGGGUUCGUCUCCACUCUGAUGCUCGCAUACCAGUGCAGCCCACGUUCUGUCAAGCUGGACGAGGACAGGGAGGAUCCGCAGCAGUAG